UGGGAAGCCCCCCUUGGACCCUCCGCUGUCCCCCCCGGCUCGUCAGGACGCCCUGAGGGCCAGGAGGAACCAGGAGCCGGCGGACCGGAAUGGCGGCGGAAGGAGCUGGAGAAGGGCGGAAGAAGGCGGAGACGGAGCAGCAGCUCCGGCGGGACCGGCGGGAGCAGGUGGCCCACCAGGAACACAGACUGGCCGUGCAGCUGGAGCAGGAACGCCAGGAAUUCCAGAGGCUGCUCCGGGUGCAGCAGGAGCAGCAGGAGCGGGAGGAGCGGGAGCGGCGCGGCGGGCGGGGCUGGCACAGGCCCACACCGAGGAGCUAUAGACACCUCUAGAACCCCAUAGACACCUCUAGAACCCCAUAGACACCCCUAGAACCCCGCAGACACCCCUAGAACCCCAUAGACACCCCUCGAACCCCUGGUGUCUCCGUCUCUCCCCGCCCAGGGUGCAGCAGGAGCAGCAGGAGCGGGAGGAGGCGGGAGCGGGCGCGGCGGGCGGGGCUGGCGCGGGCCCACGCCGAGGAGCUAUAGACACUCCUGGCACCCCAUAGA